ACAAAGCCAUUUCAGAAAUGACUUUCAGGCAUCCCUGUCAGGGGAGAAUAUGAGCACUGGAAGAUUUCGAGGUGGUGGCAGAGACAAGUGCAGGCUGCACAUAGUGACCUGGAAUGUGGCCACAGCAGAGCCUCCUGAAGACGUCACCGCUUUGCUGCAACUAGAUGUCCAGCCCCCCACAGACAUCUAUGUGAUUGGCCUGCAGGAGGUUAAUGCUACCCCGGUGAGGUUCAUCUCAGACCUGUUAGCAGAGGACUCCUGGAGCCAUGUCUUCAUGGACACACUGGCACCCAGAGGAUUCGUCAAGGUCACCUCCGUGAGGAUGCAGGGUUUGCUGCUGUUGGUUUUUUCCAAACAAAUUCACCUCCCCUACAUCCGAAACAUCCAGACCACCUACACUCGCACUGGCAUCUUCGGCUACUGGGGGAAUAAAGGAGGAGUGUCAGUGCGUUUUUCCUUCUACGGCCACAUGGUGUGCUUCCUCAACUGCCACCUAGCAGCUCACAUGAACUACGCUCUGCAGCGCGUUGAUGAGUUUGAGUACAUCCUGGAGGCACAAGACUUUGACAUCUCUGACACCCCACAAGUCCGCGACCACAAGGUGGUGUUCUGUUUUGGCGACUUGAACUUCCGUAUUGCGGACCAUGGUUUGCAUUUCCUGCGCUCGUCCAUCAACAGUGGACGCCUGAAUUUGCUGUGGGACAAAGACCAGCUCAUCAUGAUGAAGAAGAAGGAACCUUUCCUGCAGGAAUUUGAGGAAGGGCCAUUAAAUUUUAAACCCACCUACAAGUUUGACCGUAACUCUGACACCUAUGAUACCAGUGGUAAGAAGAGGAAGCCGGCCUGGACAGAUCGGAUCCUCUGGCGUAUCAAACCCAAAAUCCUGCCAUCAGAAGAUGAUGAUGAGAAGGCAUCAACUUCUACUGAUGAUGGACAGGAUGAUGAGUACCCAAUCCUUGUCAGCCAGGAUAAAUACACCAGUGACAUGAGCUACGGAGUCAGUGACCACAAGCCCGUCAUCGGUACCUUCAGUGUGGAGCUGAGGAAGUGCUUUGACACACCAUUGGUGCACGUGUCUCCUCUGGGUGUAUGGAGCGCUGAUCAGGAUGCACUUCUUACCUACACCGUCCAAGAGGACUUCAUGUCCUCUACAUGGGACUGGAUUGGCUUGUAUAAGGUGGGAUUUAAGAGUGCAUCCGACUAUGAAAGCUUUGUUUGGGUUAGAGAGAACGAGCUGCCAGAGACAAAUGAAGUCAUACAGAUAUCUGUGGAUAAGGAUGGGAUCCCUCUGCUAGGUGGACAGUAUGUUUUGGGUUACUACAGUACAAACAUGCAAAGCAUCAUCGGCAUCAGCGCUAGCUUCCAGAUCCUGGAGUCAAAGCGUGCUGUCAUGGAAGGCCUUGUUCCCGACAGAGUCAACGGGCUCAACAAAUAAGCUCACAUACACUCCAGUGCCACCUCUUGUCCUACUUUCAAAUUCACAUAGAAUUCAUUCAGACUGUAAAAUGACCCAAGAGCCGAUCCAUCAUCUACUGCAUGAGUUGACUCAGUCGGGACAAUAGUGGCAUCACAUGGACUGGAAACCUCAAUUUGUUGUUUCCAAGUUUGCCUUCAAGGAGUUCACUUUAUGUCAGAUUCACUCUUUAUAGAACAGUUUCUCUACGCUGUAAUGAGUAGCCGACCAGCUUAUCUGCAGGCCUUUUAAGUCAGUCAGAGUGAUGUGAAAGCAAAUAGAGGAAAAAAAAUGCCAAACUACGCAGGUGCUUUAAAAAAAAAAGUGCAAAAAGAGUGGACAUGACAACUGCAGGUCAAUAUGCUCCUGGGUUAAAUAGUUUUUGAAAAUAGAUUUUUAUUUUUUGAUUUGGUCUACAUUAGUGCCAGUGCAGAUGGUUGUACGAUAAGUAUGAAAAAGAUUUGCCAAUCAAAGAGGACAUAGUAUGUUGAUGCACGCUGCUUUACUUCAUCUGUACUGUCUUAAUACAGAGAGAUGCAUCUAAUAAUCAAGUUUUGAUCCUUAUUCCUAUGGAUUGUUUAUACCAAUUAUUGUACCCAUGUCCCUGAGAGUGGAAUGAUAAAGAUACAAGAACAACUUUAAAUAUAAGAACAUAUAAUGUUAGAUGUGGAUGUCGAUGUGGACCUCUACUCUGAAGUGUUUUGCUUUAUAAAUAAGUAUGUAAUGUAUAUGUGAUAAUGUAAGUCUAACAUGUAUCAUGAGAGCCUCUACGGCAGUGAAUAGAAUCACAAUAAGAUUAUAUUUUGAAUUUAUAUGGAUGGAUAUAAAGAUUUGAAGUAAUUAUUUAUCUCUUAAAAGGUGCAGUGUGUAGAAUUUAUAUUCAGUUUGUUGCAAUCUGCAACAUCACCACUAGAGGCCACUAAAUCUUACACACUGGUCCUUUAACUUCUUACCUGUAGGCCCUCAACAUUAGCGUUAUACGGGAUGCCUCUUCUAUUCCAAUGUAAACCUGAUGAUUGUUGUCAAAGAAAAAAAAAUUGCUGUGUGUGCAUGUUAUACUUAAAAUGUGUACAUUUCAUUGACCGAUUGAUAGCGUGAAUACUGCAAUAGAACCCAAUCAGCAUGUAGGAUGUGUAUUGAGAUGUGUGUGUUUUUGUGGUAAUUAAAUAUUUGAUGUACAGGAAGUGCUGGAAAUGCCUUUCAGGUUCAUCUGUGAUCCCAGUGACUUAUUUUGUUCAAGCAGGACUUCUGUCUGAUUAA